AACAGAAGGAACUGAUGCAUACCGCAUUCCGAUUCCGCCACGGGUACUCAUUCCAGUGGAAAAUCGCAGAAAGAAAUUUCGGGGUGAUUGGAUUCAGCCAACGGUUGUGCUUUCGGUGCCCCGCUUUAUUCCCGACCCCACUUCGAAGCUGAUCCAAGGUUCAAGCACAAAAAAAAGCAAGAAGGUCCGUGGUAAAUCUACAGCCCCCGCGCAAGAGGUUUCUCCUCUAGAAACCACGACAUCUUCAAAGGCGAUAGCUCCACCUACGGCGGUGGAAGUAGUUUGUUCAUCAUCUUCUUCGUCGCGGGCAGAACUGAGAAGUGACUUUGAUUCGACACCGGAGCAAGUAUCCAACGGUCCAGAGGUAGCGAAUGGCACUACGACGGC